AUGGGCACCGACGCGUGGGCUCGCCCACGCCGCAGGGGCCAGGAUGCCGCGGUAAGGCCACCAUCAGACUGCGAGGAGGAGGAGGAGGAGGAGGAGGCGGGCCUGCCCGCAGAAAGGGCGGCGCGGAAGACAGGAAGCGGCUGUCCGGCUCCAGGGCGAUGUGCCUACUUCGUGGAGAAGAAGAAGCGCUUCUGCAAGAUGAUCGUGGCUCCUGGGAGGCGGUUUUGCGGAGAGCAUGGGCAGCAGGAGGAAGAAAAUGACAGAAAGAGAAUUCCGUGCCCUCUUGAUCCAAAACACACUGUAUAUGAAGACCAACUACAAAAGCAUUUAAAAAAAUGUAAUUCAAGAGAGAAGCCAAAGCCAGUCUACUUUGUUCAAGAUAUUAACGCAGGUUUAAAAGAUGUAGCGGAAAUACCAGAAGAACAAGUACCUAUCUCUUCUCUAUCCAAAGAAAAGCUGGAGAACUUAAUUAUCAAGUUGAAAAAAGCAAGUAAUGGCCUGGAAUUUCACCUUAAGAAACAAAUACUGUCCCACCAGGCUCUACAAGAAGCCUUAAAUGACCCAAAGAAUGGGGAAUCUGCUUUCAAACACUUGAAACAACAGGCUUCUAUUUUAGGUAACAUGGAAAAAUUACAUUUACUUGGCCCAGGAAGAUGUUUUGUUGAGUUUGGAGCUGGGCGAGGAAAGCUGUCUCAUUGGGUUGAUGUUGCCUUACAGAAUGCUGAAAAUGUUCAGUUUUUGCUUGUGGAAAGGGCAACUACAAGAUUCAAGGUGGAUGGAAAACAUAAAAGGAGAGAUUCUGUAUUUGAAAGGCUUCAAGUGGAUAUUAAACACUUAUGUUUAGGUAAGGUACCUGUUUUGGAGAAGGAAAAACUACCAGUGGUAGGAAUUGGGAAGCAUUUGUGUGGUGCUGCGACAGAUCUUGCUUUGAGAUGCUUGGUUGAAAGUUAUACACCUUGCUGUGAUGGAGAAAAUGAAGAGCCUGCACCAAAACGCUCUAGAGCUGAUAAGACAGAGGUGGCUUCUAACAAUUCUGCUGAUAAUGAAAGCAACAAAGAAGACUGUAAGCCUGUAGCUGGAAUUGUUAUUGCACUGUGCUGCCAUCAUAAGUGUGACUGGACACAUUAUGUAGGCAGAGAGUUCUUCAAAUCAGUAGGACUUGGACCAGUAGAAUUUCAUUAUUUUCAGAGAAUGAGUAGCUGGGCCACUUGUGGCAUGAGAGAAACCACAACCAAAGCUUCUACAAGUGAAGAAAGUGAAGAUCAAACUAAUGAUUCAGAAGACCAUGAGCAAACAUUCAGCAAGACGGAGAGUGGUUCUGAAACUUUACAAGGGAUACUUACUGUUGAAGAACGAAAGGAUAUAGGUUGCCUCUGUAAACUUCUGAUUGAUCACGGACGGAUUGAAUAUUUACAACAACGAGGAUACAAGGCUGCACUACAGUAUUAUACAGAGUCUGCUGUGUCCUUGGAGAAUGUCCUGUUGACAGCUGUCCCAAGUCCAUCUUUGUUGCCAGAGCCAAGUACAUGACAGGCGAUAGAUUUGGAAUUGGUAGGAAAGAAAACCUAUAAAACUUAUCUGGAUUUUUUUAAAAAGCUAAUCCAUUGCUUACCAAAAAAAAUCAUUUUAGUCUUUCCUGUACCCAGGAAAAAGGUCUUAUAUUUCCCAGUUUCACUGGGAAGUACGGAUAUGCAAACCAGUUCUUAUCAGUGGAAAAAUAAAAUCCCUAAGAAUA